AGCACGUUACUCAUUUAGCCAAGUCUUAUAGCACAUCUUCCCUCGAUAAGAUGAAACUCGUCAAGAUUCAAUUACCAAGUGUGUCCAUCUUCCUUAACGAGGGCUCAGUUCAUCUUAGGGGUAUCGGCCUGGCAGUCAUUCUGAUUCUGCUUGGUUGUUAUCUUCGCUAUGUACCAAAUCAGUUGACAGACCCUCGAAGGAAGAAAUUACCCCCCGGACCUCGAGGACUUCCAAUCAUUGGCAACCUCUACGACCUAGCAGACUCAGAACUGGUGCGAGAAAAGGUUCGUGAAUGGCAUCGCACGUAUGGAGAUAUUUUCUAUACGAAAAUUGGGGCAACCGACUACAUCUGGCUAUCGACACCGAAAGCUGUGAAAGAUCUCAUGGACAAGAAAUCGGCCAUAUACUCGUCGCGGCCACAUCUCCCGCUGGCUCAGGAUGUCGCGAGCGGAAAGUCUCGACAAUUAUUUAUGGCCUAUGGACAAGACUGGAGAAACCUUAGAAAACACAGCCACGCGCUCCUCAACUUGAACGCUUCGAAGAGGUACAUGCCAUCGCAAGACCUGGAAUCAAAGGUUGUGCUUCACGAUUUACUAGAUCAGCCUGAUGAGUUCUACACCAUCAAUCGACGCUACUCUACCUCUGUCAUCAUGCUAGCUACCUAUGGCUAUCGCAUUCCUUCUUUUCAAGAUCCGAUUAUCUCCAAGAUCUUCAGCGUUCUGGAGAAUCUGUCCAUCAUGAUGGCUCCUGGGGCUUUUGCCGUCGAAAGCUUGCCCGGUCUCGCCAAUCUCCCCGAGUUUUUCUUAGGAAAUUGGCGUACCUGGGGCAAGAGAGCCUUUGCUCACGACAGCAAGAUCUGGCUCGAAUUUUGGGAAGCGCUGAAGAAGACCACGGACGACGGUACCGCUAAGGACUGCUUUUGCAAGGACUUUUAUCUUGGUGAUCCUAAGAAGAAUGGUAUCAAUGACUUGCUCGCCGCGUACACCUGUGGUGGUCUAGUCGAGGCUGGUUCCGAGACAACGGCUACAACCAUCAACAACUGGACUCUGGCUAUGACUCUUUUCCCGGAGGCAAUGAAGAAGGGCCAAGAAGAGAUUGAUCGUAUCGUGGGAAUCCACAGAAUGCCAACAUGGGAAGAUGAAAAAGAUCUUCCUUACGUUCGGGCAAUGAUCAAGGAAACCUUGCGAUGGCGUCCUGUCAACAAAUUUGGGAUGUAUCAUGCUUCCACUGAGGACGACUGGUAUGAGGGUCACUUCAUCCCGAAGGACUCUGUAGUUGUCCUGAAUUGGUGGGCUAUCCAGCGUGAUCCAAGUCGCUACCAAAACGCCGAUGUGUACGAUCCGUCUCGGUUCCUCAAUAGUCCACUCUCUGCAGCGGAAUAUAUGAACUCGCAGGAUCCCUACGAGCGAGAUCACUUUUCCUAUGGUGCUGGCCGGCGUGCAUGUCCUGGGGUCCAUCUAGCUGAGAAGUCGCUCUUUGUCGCUAUUUCUCGCAUUCUAUGGGCAUUCAAUAUCGAGCAGAAACAAGAUUUUAACGGGACGAAGAAAGCCCCCACAACUCGAAUGAUGCCUGGCUUUCUGAGCGUUCCGGAGCCUUUCGAAUGCUCCAUCUCAUGUCGCUCUGUGGCGCAUGAAGAGAUCAUUCGGAGGGAGUACAGCGCAUUGAAGGAAAAGGAUUUCGAAGAGGCUCAUUGAAAAGAUCUAUAUACGAGAGUC